UCACCUACUGCGGGCCGUCGUUCCUCCAGACCCUCACCUGCCCGCCUAACCCGCUGGGCACCCUCUCCACUCCUGGGCACCCUGUCCCCGACCUCCCCCACUGGCUGCCCCGCUGCCCCCUCCCGCCUCCUCGCUCCCCUCCCCCUCCCGGGCGCCGCUUCCCCGCUCCCUCCGCGUCUUUUCCUCUCCCCUCCCCGCGAAGUUUCGGGGCUGUCAGUCUGUCAGUCUCCGGGCAGUCCGCACCCGGACUGCAGGCGGCGGGCGCCAUCGCGAGCCGAGCCCGCGGGGGCAGGAGGCCGGGGCGCCGGGGUCCGGGCGGCAGCGGGGAGACCGUGGAGGCGCCCAGGGCGGGCGCUCCGCCGCUUCCCCGCCACACCCGCACUCGCAGCCACCGCCCGUGCGGCGCAGGCCGGCUACUAUUUCACCGGCUCCUGCAAUGACAGCUGGAGGGCCUAGGAGACGAAGUUCCCCGCUCUCCCCUCCGGUCUCCCACCCUCCACCCUCUCCCCAGAGAAUCGAUUGACUCCUGACACCCCCAGGCAAGGGCCCUGGGGGGUGGGGAGCGCUGAAGGGCCGGUGCUGGCUCUGAGAGACCUGCAGGGUCUGUGGCCGGAUCCCCAGGAGGAGUUAUCCUGGGUUGCCAUGAGAGAGACCUUCGAGGCCCUCAGGUCCCUGGGACUCUCUGUGGGACAGCCGGAGAUGGCCCCCCAAAGUGAGCCUGGGGAAGAGUCCCAGAAUGCCCAGGAACAGAUGUCCCCUCCCCGGGAAGAGAGAGCGCUGGGCAAAUGCUCAGGGCGCGAGGCCCCCAGACCAGAGGAAGGUGCCCCCACUGAACAAGCUGAAGCUCCCUGCAGAGGAGGCCGGGCAUGUGCACCACGGAAGGCUGAGCCCAUGGGCUCCUGCCCAGGGGAGGAGUGGAUGAUUCGGCAGGUGAAGGUGGAGGCGGAAGAUCACGAGGCAGGAGAGGAGGUGGAAUGGCCCCAGCAUCUGUCAUUACUCCCCAGCCCCCUUCCCGCACCUGACCUGGGGCCUCUGGCCGCCGCCUAUAAGCUGGAGCCGGGGGCCCCAGGGGCACUGGGCGGGCUCGCGCUGGCGGGGUGGGUUCCGACCUCGGAGAAGCCCUAUGGCUGCGGGGAGUGUGAGCGCCGCUUCCGCGACCAGCUGACCCUGCGGCUGCACCAGAGGCUGCACCGCGGCGAGGGCCCUUGCGCCUGCCCGGACUGCGGCCGCAGCUUCACGCAGCGCGCGCACAUGCUGCUGCACCAGCGCAGCCACCGCGGCGAGCGGCCCUUCCCGUGCUCCGAGUGCGGCAAGCGCUUCAGCAAGAAGGCCCACCUGACCCGCCACCUGCGCACGCACACGGGCGAGCGGCCCUUCCCGUGCGCAGAGUGCGGCAAGCGCUUCAGCCAGAAGAUACACCUGGGCUCGCACCAGAAGACGCACACGGGCGAGCGGCCCUUCCCCUGCCCCGAGUGCGAGAAGCGCUUUCGCAAGAAGACGCACCUGAUCCGCCACCAGCGCAUCCACACGGGCGAGAGGCCCUACCAGUGUGCGCAGUGCGCGCGCAGCUUCACGCACAAGCAACACCUGGUGCGGCACCAGAGGGUCCACGAGGCGGCCGGCCGCGCCCCAUCCUCCCCCGACGCGUCCGCCUCGCCCACGUCCCCUGCCCCGUCCCCCACUCCGUCCCCUCCCGGGCCCAAGCCUUUCUCCUGCUCCGACUGCGGCCUGAGCUUCGGCUGGAAGAAGAACCUCGCCAUGCACCAGCGUCUGCACCGUGACGAGGGGCGUCCUUUCGGGUGCGACGAGUGCACACUGGGCGCCACCGUGGACCCCGCCGCUGCCACCGAGCCCUCGGCCUGCGCGCCCCGAAGCACACCGGCGCCCCCGGGCGCUCCCGCGAGCCAGCGGUCCUUCCUCUGCCCGGACUGCGGGCGCGGCUUCGCCCACGGGCAGCACCUGGCGCGGCACCGGCGGGUGCACACGGGCGAACGGCCCUUCGCCUGCGCGCAGUGCGGCCGCCGCUUCGGCUCGCGGCCCAACCUGGUGGCCCACUCCAGGGCCCACAGCGGCGCCAGGCCCUUCGCCUGCGCGCAGUGCGGCCGCCGCUUCAGCCGCAAGUCGCACCUGGGCCGCCACCAGGCGGUGCACACAGGCAGUCGGCCCCACGCCUGUGCCGUGUGCGCCCGCAGCUUCAGCUCCAAAACCAACCUGGUCCGCCACCAGGCCGUCCACACGGGUUCCCGCCCCUUCUCCUGCCCUCAGUGCGCCAAGAGCUUCAGCCGCAAGACCCACCUGGCGCGACACCAGCGCAUCCACGGCGGCGCCGCCCACCCGACCUCCGAAUCUGACCUCUUGGCUCCCGUCUGGCCCACUCCCACCGAGGUGGUGGCAUCCCCGCUCUUUUUCUGAGCCUCGUUCUAGGCCGGACCCUGCCUUUGCCUUCUUUUGUUCACUGGUUCCAGAGACCCAUGCCCGACGACAUCUCCUGGGCGGAGGAGCACGACGGCCUGGACAGCCUCUGGCCAUUUUCCUUCCCUCUCUGUCUUGCUGGGGAGAAGUCUGGAAAGGAUAACCGGCUUCGACAUUCUGGGACAAAAACAGUGCUGAGAGUGAAUCCUUGCUAGGAACAGUUCAGGCCUGAGUUCCUGGAAAUCUCCCACCCAGAGACCCCAUCGGAAAGCAGACACUCCUGACCAAAGACUGAGUCAGGAACCUCUACGAGGGAGGGAAAGAAUGGUGAUCUGUGUACUGAAAGUUUCAUUAAAAUUACAAUCUGAA